AUAGAAGAUACCUUGCCAUAACAUCCCCUAAACCUAACCACAAUCUCCUCCUCCUUCAUCCUCUUCUCUUUUUAAUUUCUGCCAAACACCUCCUAAACCCAAAUUCCGAUCACCAAUCAAAACCAUGGCUGACACCAAACCCCAGGGCUUUGUUUUCCCCACCAACAACACCACCUCCAAGAAGAGAGCAGAGCACGAUGACAUGGACAACGACGACUAUGUGGCCGCCAAAAAGUCCAUGUUGUUGUCCUCGGCUGCCGCCGCGGCCUGGGAAGACCCGGCCGCCGCAUUAGCCAGCGCUCGCCAUGAGUUUGGAGAGCACGGUGGUGUCAACAUGUCCAUUGAGGCUUCCGCCACUUUCACCGUGAUGGAGCCAGAGACACUCCGCAAAAUGUUCUCCGGCGAGCUCGGCGCCGACCGGGACUUCUUCAUCUACAGCCGUCACUUCAAUCCGACAGUGCUCAACCUCAGCCGUCAGAUGGCCGCCCUGGAAGGGACCGAGGCCGCCUACUGCACGUCCUCCGGGAUGUCCGCCAUAUCCUCCGUCCUGCUCCAGCUCGUCAGCAGCGGGGACCACAUCGUCGCCUCCAGGACCCUCUACGGUGGGACCCACGCCCUCCUGACCCACUUCUUCCCCAGGGCCUGCAACAUAACGACGACGUUUGUGGACAUACACGACAUGGACAUGGUGAGGAAUGCGAUCGAGGUUGGGAAGACCAAGGUUCUGUAUUUUGAGGGCAUGUCUAACCCGACUCUGACGGUGGCCAACAUACCAGAGCUGAGCAGAAUUGGGCACGAGAAGGGUGUCACGGUUGUCGUCGACAACACCUUCUCUCCCAUGGUUCUCUCUCCUGUGAAGCUCGGAGCUGACGUGGUUGUCCACAGCAUUUCCAAGUUUGUUAGCGGCGGUGCUGAUAUCAUCGCAGGUGUGGUGUGUGGGCCAGCAAGCCUGGUGAACUCCAUGAUGGAUCUGCACCAAGGGUCCCUGAUGCUACUUGGGCCCACAAUGAAUGCCAAGGUGGCAUUUGAGCUGGCUGAGAGAAUCCCCCAUCUGGGCCUGAGGAUGAAGGAGCACUGCAACAGGGCCAUGGUAUAUGCAACGAGGAUGAAGAAGAUGGGCCUGAAAGUAAUUUACCCAGGGCUUGAAGACCACCCACAGCAUGAGCUGCUCAAGUCUAUGGCAAACAAAGACUAUGGGUUUGGUGGGCUUCUGUGCCUGGAUAUGGGCACAGAGGAGAAGGCCAACAGGCUCAUGAACCUGCUGCAAAACUGCACCCAGUUUGGGUUCAUGGCUGUGAGCCUGGGCUACUAUGAAACCCUAAUGUCCUGCUCUGGAAGCAGCACCAGCAGUGAGAUGAAUCCUGAGGAGAAGGCUCUGGCUGGGAUCUCUCCUGGGUUGGUGAGGAUGUCAAUUGGGUACAUUGGGACAUUGGAGCAGAGGUGGAGCCAGUUUGAGAAGGCAAUCUCUAGAAUGCAGGAUUCUGGGUUGUUGAAUAAGAAGUGAAGAAAAAUGUGUAUUUUGUCAAGUUUUUUUUUUUUCUUUUUCCCUUGGGUCUAUGAAUAAGUAAGUGUCUUAGGGCAGAGAUGUGCUUGGUGUCUCGCUCUUGUAAAAAUAGUUGUCCCCUUUGCUCAAUUUCGUACCAUGAAUCCUAAUUAUGCUUUGGGUAGCUCUAAUGUUC